AUGUUAAGCAAAGAUGAGAAUAAAUCUGUCAAGGUGGUCGUGGGGAAAUUGAAGUCAGAGGACGACAGCCAACAGAAUAAGACCUUGGAAAUUCUGGACGCGUUUCACCCUUGCAAGGAAGUGGAAGUUGUCAGCGACAAGUCCGCAGCGGAUGAGACACACAUUCAUCUUGAUGAGCCGCUUCAAGCUUACUCAAAUCGGGGGCAAGAGGUCAAGUUUGAGCUCCAGGAUGGCAGUGAACGAGCAUAUCCUGGGAGAGGCCCAAGUUCGCUGAGAGUCGACGAUAACCUCGAACUCAUAUUUCACCGCACGGUGCGCAUGCCGGAUGAUGAUCGUCUGCACUCUCUUCCGGCUUCGGUCGGGAAAUUUCCUCUCUAUAAUACCGCCGACUAUGUGGAUCGACUACCCGAGAACAUUGCAGCGAAAGGGGGCAUCUUCUUGCCAAUGUGGCAGCGGGAGGCGUUGUGGAUCGAGCUUAGCAGCCCAAGGAGGCCUGCGUACAAUGAUUAUAGCGUACCAACAUAUGCGAUCCGAGUCUACGUGGGCCAAAUCAACGCGGUCUCUGGCAAGAGCAUGACGGAGGAAAGAGGUGCUACGUGGGCGCAAGACUACCUGAUUUUCCCUGGCCAAGCGUGGAUUGACGGCAUCUGCGUGGCUCCGGGGGUCGUGCGCCAGUUUGUAGCCAUGCCAUUGGGCUCUGGAUACACCGUCGAAGGCCAAAAGACCGGCGAGGAAAAGCACGGCGGUCUUCAGAUCGAGGUUAUCCCGGCAUAUCGGAGGGGAUCACACAAGUGGCUCACUAUGACGGAAGAACAAGCCCUGCGAAACCGGGGCUUGUACCUUAAUGAAACCAAGACCCCAAAUGAGCUUGGACUGCAUACUGGCGCCAAGCUUCGAGCCUAUCCGCCAGUGCCCACAUAUCGAAAGCCGGUGGAGGUGGGCGACUUAUUGAAGGAAACAGAUGGUUCAGGAGACGAUGUGGCAUUCCUCGAGGUGAGACCCUACUCCAUAUCUGACACUCCGAACAGCUUAUCAUAA